UCUACCCCACCGCCCUCGAUACAGCUGCGUCGUUCUGCUGACGAAACCAAGAAGACAACUCCACCGCCUUCCAGUAUUGUUACCCGAAAUGGGGCUCGCAAGGCCAAAAUUCAAACACGCGCCAUGUCUGCUGGUGCUAAACCUUCAGCAUCUGUACUUGCUGCUAAAAAGAAGGCUCUCCAAAAAAAGAAGCAACCUAUUGACUCUGUUCUAAGAGAUCACUACCAAACUGCUAUGGAGUCAAAAAACAAUGUAAAAGGUCCAACUGGAUUUGUAACUGAGCCUCGUAUGGCUGAACACUUAUGUUUAUGGGAUGACAAGUAUCCAGAAUGUCCUGAAAGAUUAAUAGGUGUCAUAAAUAGGUGUAAAGAGUUGAACUUAAUUGAACAAUGUGAAAAUAUUCAACCACGAGCUGCUACAAAAGAAGAAUUAUGUGUACUUCAUUCUCCAUCAAUUUACGAAAUGCUUGAAACUACCCAUAAGAACAACGAUAUUGCAUACUUGGAGGAGUUAUCUUCUAAAUAUGAUGCCAUAUACAUACACCCUAGUACACAUGAGCUCGCGUUGUUAGCGGCGGGCUCGACUAUAGAGCUGGUGGACCGUUUGGUGCGGGGCGAGGUGCAGACGGGCGCGGCGUUCGUGCGGCCGCCGGGGCACCACGCCAUGCGCGCGGAGCCCUGCGGCUACUGCUUCUAUAACAACGUCGCGUUAGCCGCCAAACAUGCCAUACACAAACACGGACUCAACAGAAUACUUAUUGUAGAUUGGGAUGUGCAUCACGGGCAAGCUACGCAGCAGAUGUUCUACGACGACCCUAGGGUGGUGUACUUCUCAAUCCACCGAUACGAGCACGGUUCGUUCUGGCCGAACUUGCGUCAGUCGGACUUCCAUUACGUGGGCGCGGGUCGCGGACGAGGUUACAAUUUUAACGUGCCGUUAAAUAAAACCGGCAUGGGUGACGCGGACUACCUUGCCAUCUGGCAUCAGCUGUUACUGCCAAUGGCUUUUGAGUAUCAACCGGAGCUGAUUAUUAUAUCGGCUGGCUACGACGCUGCGAUCGGCUGUCCCGAGGGCGAGAUGGAAGUGACGCCCGCGUGUUACGCGACGCUGACUCACCUGCUGAUGGGUGUGUGCGCGCGCGUGGGCGUGGUGCUGGAGGGCGGGUACUGCGUGCGCUCGCUGUCGUGGGGCGCCGCGCUCACGCUGCGCGCGCUGCUGGGCCGCGCGCCCCCGCCCCCGCCCCCACGCCCGGCCCCGCGACCCGCCGAGCCCAGCGACCAGAUCCGGGAGACCAUCCUGAACUGUAUCUACGCUCACAGACCUUACUGGAACUGUUACAAUUACCAGCUGACGUACAGUACUGACAACAGCGUGCCGAACGUUUGCGAUAGUCAGAAAGAGAAGCACGUAGUGAAGGUGAGGUGGGAGGGAGACGAAACGAGACCGGAACGAUUCGCCACACGCGACUGUUACCCGUUGCAAGAUGAUAACACUAAGAGGGAGAUUAUGGAAAGAUUGAACCGUCUUGAGAUUGUCACGGAUCUCACGUUGCCACAGCACGAGGUCGGGUACGUUUACGACCCGGUGAUGUUAAAACACAGAAAUAUUUGUGAACCCGGGCACGUGGAAUGUCCGGAACGCAUAAUGCGUAUACACGAGCGGCACCGUGACUUCGGUCUGUUAAGUCGCGUACACAUGGUGCCGUCGCGUCUCGCUACUGACGAAGAAAUAUUAGCUGUCACUUCAGAAAAACAUUUGCAGAGGUUAAAGGAAUUAUCAUCAACAAAGCUGAGAGAUUUACAUAGUCAGAAAGACGCGUUCGAGUCUGUGUAUUUUCACCCUGAUUCUCUGGAGAGCGCUUCAAUGGCAGUCGGCUGUGCGUUACAGAUGGUGGACGCGGUGUUGUCCGGCGCGGUGGGCGCGGGCGUGUGCGUGGUCCGCCCGCCGGGCCACCACGCGGCCGCCGACGCGCCCGCCGGCUUCUGCCUGGUGAACACCGCCGCCGCCGCCGCCGCGCACGCCGUCCGCCGCCACCGCCGCGCGCGCGUGCUGCUGCUCGACUGGGACGUGCACCACGGCGACGGCACGCAACGGCUCACCUACCACACCAGUCAGAUAUUGUAUAUAUCACUCCACCGAUACGACUACGGAUCGUUUUUCCCGCAUUCGCGUGACGCUGACUACACGGCCGUGGGCGAAGGGAAGGGGGAGGGGUACAAUAUCAACAUUCCUUGGAAUAAGCGUGGUAUGGGCGACGCGGAAUACUUGGCUGCGUUCACGCAAGUAGUGUUACCGGUGGCCACAGAAUACGCACCAGAACUUGUAAUUGUUUCCGCCGGUUUUGACGCCUGCGUGGGAGACCCGCUCGGUGGAUGCAAGGUGACACCAGAAUGUUUCGGUCGAAUGACGCACCUCCUAAGAAGUUUGGCGGGUGGCAAAGUUAUAUUGUGCUUGGAAGGCGGCUACAACGUCACCAGUAUCUCGUACGCUAUGACCAUGUGCACUAAAGCGCUUCUAGGCGAUCCUAUACCGCCGUGCGAUAGUAAAACCCCGUGCCAUCACACCGCCAUAGAAUCCAUCAAUGACGUCAUACGCACCCACAAGAAAUACUGGAAAAGUCUCAAAUUUCAACUGGCUUUACCCUCUGAGAAUGUUCUCGGGGAGCCGUUGCCAUCAAGGGGCUUGAUCGUCGACGACCGAAACACGACGUGCGAGUCCGAAAAGUUCGCGGAAUUAUCAUUGAGCUCACUCGAUGCUAGCAGACUGGAUGGAUCCCUCGAAAGUCAUAUGGCUAACUUGAGCAUCGAUAAGCGUAAGUGCGAAGACGGUGUACAUUGUGGAACCGAUGACGAAGAAGAGAAACCGGAGUGUUCGAAAAGUGUUAAUAAAUGUGUUGAAGGUGGUAGUAGUAGUGAAAAAAAGUGUGACACAACUAGUGCUAGUGAAAAGACCCCGGCCACUCUGGUUGAUUAUUUGGCGGAGAACAUGCAGGCGAUAGUCGAUGGGGAGAUGUUCGCGGUGAUUCCUUUGCCUUGGUGUCCACAUCUUGAAUCUAUAUAUGCGAUACCACCCAGUGUAAAGUUUGAGCAAGGCGUCAAGUGUACAGAGUGCGAUGAAACUGUGGAGAACUGGGUGUGUCUGCACUGCUUUGUUACUGCAUGCAGUCGCAGUAUAAAUGGACACAUGCAAUCACAUUAUCGAGCCUCUCAACACCCACUCGCGUUAUCUCUACUCGAUUUGUCAGUUUGGUGCAGCGCAUGCGACGCUUACGUUGACAACUCUCUACUGUACGACGCCAAGAAUAACGCACACCGCUGCAAGUUCGGCGAAGAUAUGCCCUGGUGCUAUAAAAACGAUACGAUACAUAUGCAAUAG